AUCAAGAAAAGAAAAAAUAUAUAUAAAAGAAGACUCAUAAAAAUCACGAUGGCGGUCAAAACCAAAAUCCCAAAAAACCAUUCAAUAUCCGACAGCUAUUGUAAGAUAAACCCAUAAAAAUUUCUUGAUACAGAAAGAGAAGAAGAAAAGAGAGAGCCAAAGAAAGAAAUGAAAGGUUGUUUCAUCUGAAAGUUGAGGAAGAGAGAGAGAGAGAGAGAUGGAUCCAGAGCAAACGUUUAUAAGGGUUCAAGAGAGAUUCUCUCAGAUACUAACGCCAAGAGUGAGAGUAGCUUUGGAGUAUAUCUAUCUCUUCAUUGCCAUUACUUCCUUUUCUAUUCUUGUUGUGCUGCAUGCCAAUUAUGUUCAACAGCCUGGCUGUUCGAGUGAGCUCUCUGGAGUAGAGUCAAAGGAAGUCCAGCUUAUUCAGAUUAAGAUAUCCAGUGCUGGCAUGUGGUCACAAAGCAAGUCUGAACUUGCUGUUGUAAAUAAUCCUGAUUUGGAAACUGUAAUUGAAAAUGUAGAAGUUGCAAACGUUGAUGAUGAUGGGUUUAUGUUCUUGGCUGCCAAGUUUUGGUUGAACUGGUUUGAUUUAGGUGCUAGGAGGGGAAAAUUGGCAUUAAAGUUCUGGAAGACUGAUGGUGAACUUGUUGAGCAGCAAGCAGUAAGCUCUACCAACAGUGCAAGCUGUAAGGCAAGUAUUGAUGAUGUGGUUGUUAAAAUUGAGAAGGAGACACAUAAUGGUUUCUAUUUAUCAGCAAAACAGGCAUUUAAAGCAGCUGUUGUUCACUUUGGCCAAAAGUGGUACAGACGUUUAUCUUUCAUUUGGGGAAAUGCAAUUCAGAUCUUUGGAAGUUUCCAGAAGUUGUGGAAUAUAAUAGGUAUACGUUUAAAUCUUGGUGUUCCUAAAUUGUUGCGCAUACUUCACUUCAACAGGCUUAACCCUUAUGCAGUGCGCUGGCUUGAGAAAAGAAGUAAAGCAUUUGAACCAACUUAUCUCUAUACUAUGGAAAAGGGUUACUUCUUGCUGCCUGAUGUGGCUAAGUCUCAGCAUAAUAUACGUACUAUUAAUAUUAGCGUAUCAGCUCGACAUCCCUGUUUUGGGAACAGAUGGCAGCAACUUCUUAUCUAUAUUUUUGUUGGAUAUGACACUAUUUUGAUGAAUAGUUUAUUGCAUCAGCCUGGUCAAGGUUAUCUUUAUAAUUUUCAGACAAAGGAGUUCUAUAAUCUUAGUUAUGCACAUGAACUGCCAAAUGGUUCUGCAAGAUUCGGAGACUAUCUUGUCACCAAAUGUGGUGUGUUAAUGAUGUCUUUGUUUGUAUUUUUCACAACCACCAUGUCAGUAUCAUUUACAUUGAGGGAAACCCAGACUCGCAUGUUGAAGUUCACAGUGCAGCUUCAACACCAUGCUCGACAUAGGCUUCCAACGUUUCAGUUGAUAUUUGUGCAUGUGAUUGAAUCACUUGUAUUUGUACCGAUUAUGAUUGGCAUCCUAUUUUUUCUAUUUGAAUUCUAUGAUGAUCAGCUAUUGGCAUUCAUGGUUCUAAUUCUUGUCUGGUUGUGUGAACUAUUUAUACUGAUCAGGUCUCUCUCUCUCUCUCUCUCACAAGAGUUGGGUUAUGCAUGUUUUCUUAGUGUUCGGACACCUAUAUCAACAAAGUUCUUUCCUCGCUUCUUUUUGCUCUACUUUCUGGUUUUUCACAUUUAUUUCUUCUCCUAUGCAAAUGGUUUUUCAUAUUUGGCUCUCGCUACUACUGCAGCAUUUAUGCAGCACCUUAUUCUGUACUUCUGGAAUCGUUUUGAGGUACCAGCACUUCAAAGGUUUAUGCAGAAUAGGCGGUCUCAGCUUCAGCAACAUCCAGACUUCCAGAUCACCUCGUCAACUAUACUUGCAUCUACUCUACACAUUACAAGAUUUAACGCCAGGAAUCCAGGCCUAGCUAAUACAGAUCUGACCUCUGGGUUGAGACUUGGAUCCGACCAAGCAGUGCGAGCAAAUGGAGCUGUAGAAACCGCAGGGCCUCGAGGACACUCAGGAAUUGACAACAUGAGCCAAAGUGGCAACCCUGUGCAGAUUCAAGGACAACCUGAGCUACAGCAAACUGAAGCUGGUCCCAAUCCUGGGACUAUGAGUUCGUUCAGUUCACUGUUAUUAUGGAUCUUGGGAGGUGCUUCAUCUGAAGGUCUCAAUUCAUUUCUUUCCAUGUUUAGAGAUGUGAGAGAACAAGGGCAGGUUUAUACAGACUCCCCUAGGCCUGAAAAUCGUGCAACACAGAACGUCCAAUAGCCGGGGGCAGUUUCGAAGGCAAUGGAAAUGGCAGAUUUUAGUAUUAGAUGUUUUUAUAGGUCAUGUUCUAAUCAUAUAUUACAGAGAUGAACUUGCAUAAAUUUAUGGUACAAAACCAAUGUGUUACAGUCUUAUAGAUCAAACGCUUUCCAUAUUCACCUGGGAAACUGUACAAAGAAAGGAGAAUCUUGUCUGUCGUGGAUGUCAAAAAAAGGCUUAGCCCUUUUGAAGGGUAUUUUGUGCAAUUCGACUCUGAAGUCGUAUGUUAAAAUUUCUGAA